GGCAGUGUAUUCAGGAAGGAGUCAGUAUCUGUGUGGGGGUCGUGGUGGAUUCCAGGGAGGAGCCAGUAUCUGUUUCUGGCCCGCUGAUCUGUUAGAAAUUCCAGGGAGGGUCCCUUAUCUUGUCACACAUCUGCAUGCAUCUGAUCCUGGGCUCCCUCCAACCUAACAAUGACCUGCCCAUUUAGGAAUUUAUGAUCAGGUCACCCUGUGAAAUUACUUUCCAUAGGACCUUUUUUUUUUCUGUCCACAAAACUAUAAAUUUAAUGCUCUGUUCCUUCCAGCCUGGGAAUAGGGUACGACGAGUGAAUCAUUCACCUCCAACACAAAAUAGUGUAUUCCUCUUGCAAAAACUGGCUCAGAAGUUCACCAACACCACAAAGCGGAGUUUCUUGCUUCCUCGGGCAAGGAGAACACUACUGGGCAACACGUGGGCAGUGUCUCAGAGAGGAGAAGGAAUCUUCAAAAAUCCACCCCAACGCCUCGGCCACAGGAGCCAAUGACGCUGCCCAGACCUGGGACCUAUUACUUCCCCUGGGAGGUCAGUGCCGGCCAGGCUCCUGACGGGGGCGCGCUGCGGACGUUCGGCAGGUUGAGCCUCUACGACAUGACCGAGUCCCGAGCGAUCCUGACAGCUCAGCACGGGUCCGAGCAGCACCAGGUCCUCGUCUGUACCAAGUUGGUGGAGCCGUUCCAGGCCCAGGUGGGCUCCCUGUACCUGGUCCUUGGGGAGCUCGAGCAGCAGCAGGGUAAGCCGGGGCCUCACACACGCUUUUGCCCUCUGGGUCCUGAGUGGUGACGCGGUUGGGACUGGGCCUGGGGUUGGGACAGUGUCCCUCACGGGGAUAACAUUCCUCCCGAAUCAUCCCACAAGUUCAAGGGCCCCUGGGAAGCAUGUGACUGGGCUCAGAGCCCAUCUGCCACCGGGCAUUGCGAAAGCCUGGAGGGAAUCCAUUCAUUUCCGAAGGCCCACAUUCCAGGCCUCGUACCAGGUUUGCUUAAAUCUUUGAAUCUGCCCACCU